AUGAACGGAAGCAACGAUGUCUCGACCGAGCCCCAAGCAAAGCGCGGCAAAAUCGCGCCGGCCGUGGACUUGUCUGUCCUCGCCCCGCACCUCCUGGAGGAAGCCACCAUAGCCGAGAAUCGCAAACGCUACGUCAAUGCAGCCCCAUACAGCCAUUGUGUCUUCUCCCCGCUCUGCCCCACCGACCUCCUGACAAAAGUACGCGACGAGAUUGUCGGCACGCUCGAGACCAAGUUCAAGGAAACAGAUCUCUUCAAGCUCUACCAAACGACCGACCUCGCCAACGUUGACAGCACCAACCCUGAGCUGGCCGCCAAGCUGCCCACCCUCCUCCAGCUGCGCGAUGCCCUCUACUCUGGACCCUUUCGUCGCAUGAUCUCGCGCAUUGCAGGCUGCGGGGAGCUCACUGAUCGCGUCGACAUGGCUGCUUCCGCAUACGCCGAGGGUUGCCACCUCCUUUGCCACGACGACGUCAUUGGCAGCCGCGCCGUCUCCUUCAUCAUUUACUUUUCUGCCGAGGAUUGGACGGAAAAGGAUGGCGGUGCCCUCGAGCUCUUCCCCCUCGAAAAGAGCUCCCAGACCAGCUUCACACGUGCCGAUAAGAGCCAACUCGAACAGGGGGUUCCCUCAACCAUUCCUGCCGCACGCCUCCUCCCUCUCUUCAACACCAUGGCUUUUUUCCGCGUCGAGCCUGGUCGCAGCUACCACGCUGUUCAAGAAGUCAUGCGCGAAGGCAGCCCGCGCCUCAGCAUCCAGGGCUGGUUUCAUGCUGCCUCUGAACCCGAAGGCACCGAAAUGGCCUCGCUCAAUCAACUCAAGAUUGCGCGUGCCGAAACCGAAGCCCCCGUCUCCAUCCCGGGAUUGACUCCAAAGCCGGAACCCCAAACCGCUCCCGACAGCGAGCCCCCGGCCGUCGAUACCGAGCUCACGGCCGAUGAGCGUGCCUACCUGGCGCGUUUUCUCAAUGAGGCUUACCUCAAGGACGACGCCCUUCAAGCUCUUUCCGCCAAGUUUGAAGACGAAUCUUCCCUGCAACUUCGCAAGUUUCUGCACCCCUCCCUCGGCGACGCCGUCCAUGGUCUCUGCAUGGACGCAGACGUCAAGUCCAACCUCCAAUUGGACGGCUUGCCCCCUGAUGCCACAGGCAUGGGUGGAGGUUGGAUUGCGCGCGGUCCGGCCCACAUGCAGCGCUUCCUCACCUUCCCCGAGGCCGUGACAGCAGCGCGCCUGGCCGGUCAGAAGCUUCAUGAGAUUAAGACCGAGCUCUUCCAAUCCACUGCCUUUGCCAAGUGGCUGCAGCGGGUGACGGGUGGUCGCCUUAGCGCGGUUACCUCCCAAAUCCGUCGAUUCCGUCCUGGUCUUGAUUACACAGUAGCCCACCACGGUCAAUUAGAGAAAGACAUUCGCCUGGAUGUAACACUCUGCUUUGUGCGUGAGGAGUCGGAGCAAGCGACGGCGGUGUGGGCCAGUGGUGACGUCGGUGGCUUUCAAUGUUACCUGGCCGCCGAGAACGAGGACAAUGUUGCCGCUGAAGUGUAUUGCGAUGAUGAUGCCGAGGGUAAUGAUCUCCUCUCCGUCUCAGCGAGCACCAAUACCUUGAGCAUUGUCCUGCGCGACACUGGCACCAUGCGCUUCGUCAAGUACCUGAGUGGUUGUGCGCUUUCCAGCCGCUGGGACAUCCUCAACGUGUAUGACAUCGCCUAUGACGAUGACGACGAAGAGGAUGGCGAUGAUGAA